GAACUGAUUAUGUAAUUGGUAAGUUGUAUCAAAAUUAGAGGCAUUUACUCGUAAGUUAGAUGACAAAAUAGUUGAGCAAAGAAACCAGAACGAUGUUGGCUUUGCACGAAGCUCUGGCCUCGAUCACGAGUAGCACAUGGAAGUUCACUUCAAUCGGCAUGAAGCACUGGUGGCACAGCGAGACUCAUGCAGAUGCUUCGCCGAACUUGGAUGAGGUUCUCGCUUUGACGAUGAAGAAGCUCUAUCGCCGAGCUAGAAGGAGGAACGGAACAAGUAGCACCUCUUUUUUGGAGGGACUGAAAGAAAGCAGCAAUGAUCCUUUAGGAAUAUCAUACGACCAAAUCCAAAAGAAAAGCACGUGCACGCGAAGAAUCGGUAUGCGAAGAAGUCACGAGAGCUCUGCAUGUUUGUUGCGUGGAUUUGGAGAAUCGGUCGCCAGCGAAACGUGUAGGAAGCAUCGUCACCGGCACUCUCGUGAUCGCUUUCAUAGAGCAAGUGUUUUCUUGGCCGCUCAGCCUCAGCCUUUCCAGACUCAGCACGAUAUUGAGCCAGAGAUACAAGCGUACUCGGGGCCACGUGGAACCGAGGAGUUCGACCCGAUGAAGCAGAAGACGCCAGAAAAAUGUAGCCAGCACUGUGUCGAGUCCCCGGGAAUGGAGUGCUUGCGGUGCAAUCCUGAUGGCUCGGUCGAGAACGAGAUCCAGAAAAUGCAACGGUUAGCGCGUGACGCCGCAAUGCGUUCCGGCGACCCGGACGCGGCUGACAUCGAAGCCUGGAAGCAGCGGUCACUGAAUUCGCAGUACCCGCUUUGUGACGGUUCAAGGCUGCGCACGGUAACGCACUGUCGUAUUCCCCCGCCAGUCUAUGAAAAGGGAACCGCCGAUAUAUCAGCCUACAAAUAGAAACGCUUCCUUCUUGGCGGACCAGGAGUUCGGAGCUACGAGUACGAUCUUGGUGUCGACGCUCUACUCGCUUGGACUUGGAGAAAUGAACAUAUCGCGUAGUCCUUGACGCAAUCAAUCACCACGCAGAUCGAUGAGGACAACAGUGAUUCCUUCAUCACAUGUGUAGCGGGACCGUGAAGAUAUCCAUGAAUACUUCGUGUUUUUCAUUUUCUCAUCAUCGUGGUUUUUUUUUAGUUGAGUCGCGCUGACGAAUGUCUCCUGUGACAAAAAAUUUUCAACCAAAUCAAGUUCAUAGAUUGUUGACAACAAGGACCUGAACUGCACCCUGGGUGCAAUCUUGUUGCGAUUCUGAGCCGUAUCUAAGUACUUGUUCCUCAACACGACGGAUGUCACUGACAUAUGAUCUCCG